AUGCGCGAUCCGCUUCUGAAGCGUGGCUCCGCUGCAGUUUGCGGAGCGGUGGCUGCUAAAGCGGCCGCGGGGGGAGACGGCGGAAGUAAACACGAGGGGAGUGAAGCCCCCGGGAAAAAAUGCGCGCAGGGCAAAGGCGCCGGGGGGAAAGCCGUGGCGGGGAAAGGCGUUAAGGGGGAAGGCUCCGGAGACGAAGAGUUGAAGGGGCUUAGGAAGACGGUUAGCGGGAAGAAUCUACGUGAAACGAAAGAGAAGGAGACGAUGCUCAAGGAGAGGCAGACGACGGAGAAGAGGCAGAGGAGGGAGAAGAAAGCGAAUAAAGGCAAGAAGGAGAAGAAGGAAAAGAAGGAGACGGUCGAGAAGAAAGAAAAUCUUCAGCGAGCGAAGACUAUGGAGGAGGGUGACGGUGCGGAAAGGCUUCUGAAAGGAAGGGCCGCGGAGGAGGGUGUUGCGGGAAGGGGCGGCGCGGAGGAGGGAGAUGAGGCGCAACCUUCCGGAGCGGAAGCCUCGCGGAUGGGAAGAAGUUCAGCGGAGGAUUGUGCGAAAGAGGAACCCCUCGAGCGCUCCUGGCGCACCGUGUUUUCCGCUGCUUCCUCCGCGGAUCGCUCACCCAAACCCUCCCGCGGGCUCCUCACCGACCCUGACCCCGUCCCGAUCCAAGGCAGCAGGCUCGGGAACGACUCCGCCCCGAACCAAAGCCUCAGCUUCGGCGCUGCUGACUUCGCUCCGGACCAAAGCGGCAGGUCCGGCGGCGGGUGGUGCGGGCUGUGCGGGGACGGCGGCGCGGAGGAGUGGUUGCAGUGGCAGGAGCAUGCUAUGAGGCACCCUGUGAAGGUGAAGAUUGGGGGAGAGGAGGUGGCGAGGGGAAGAGAGGAGGAAGGGGGGUGA